UCAGGAGUCUGAGAGUGAUGGAGAGACGCUCCUAGCUUUAGCCAGUUGAGCUUUGAUUUCCCUCGUGUUCAUUCUCAAUAAUUUUUAAACAUUUAUAAAGUUCCUACAGUGCGUAUACAGUGAGUUCAGUGACAGUUUCAAUAAUAAUUAUCACAUUUUGAAUGAAAUUUCUCAGUUUUCGGAUCAGUUUCCGGAGAAGUAAUGAGCUAAUAAUUUAGGAUGAAUACCUGUUGUGAUUUUUAGAGAUAAAAACAAAUUUAUCAGCCAGUUCACAACUUCAAUAUUGUUAUUCAUCAGCAAAAAAGGAUACACUAUGAUACUGAAAUUAUUAAUCGUGACAAGUUUAUUCGAAGCUUGCUUAGCCGCCUCAAAAUACAAAGAAGACGAUCGAAUUGUGCCGAAGUUCCUGAUCAACUGGCUCAGUCCACAAUACAAUAGAAACCAUCAGCGAGUAUUGGAUUUCAUACACAGGGUGUCGGGCUAUGACCCCAAUAAUUUCGAAAUUCUUCAAAAAACUGAUCAGUGGCAACAGGUAAUUGAGAGGUUCCCGUGCAAUACGACAGGGUUUCAGUCGCCGGAGAAACCGACGAGUGUGCAUAGACUGAUGCCGGGGGACAUUGAUGUAGUGGGCUGCCUGGGAGACAGCCUCCUAUUGGCUACCGGGGGUCUUGGCACCAACGUCAUACACACCACUGUUGAUAACAGAGGCAUAGCUUGGGCCUUAGGCGGUCAAGGCACUUGGAGAAAUGUGUUGACCAUAGCCAACAUACUGCGCGAGUACAAUCCAAACCUGGUCGGCUACUCCUAUGGUGACUCUACUACGCAUGCGCGAGCAGCGCAAUUCAAUGUGGCCGAAAUUGGCGCCAUAAGUCAGGACCUUGUUUAUCAGGCCGGUCUCCUGGUCAAGAGAAUGAGGUCGGAUCCAAGGGUGGAUUUCGAGAACCACUGGAAGCUUGUAUUCAUGCAAAUAGGGAACAACGACUACUGCACGCAUAUGUGUUACAAAAAUGCAUCUAUACAGCCUGAACUCCAUCGUAGAGAUCUCACUAAUGUAUUCAAUUACUUGAGAAAGAAUAUGCCACGAGCUCUAGUUGCCCUCGUUAUCAACCCUCAUCUGGAUAAGUUGCUGGAUUACCCCACCAAGCCAGCCUGUUUGAUCUUCCAAACGAUGGUGUGCUCCUGUUUUAGAGGAUUCAAGUUUGCCAGGAGGAAGAAGGAACUGUAUCAAGUGAUUGAGGAGUGGAGAAAAGUUCAAUUGGAGAUGGCAUCUGAUCCACAGUUCACAACAGAUACUUUUGCAGUUAUACCACUCAGAUUUGGUAUAGAUGCAUAUAUACCAACUAUAAAUGGGAAAAUAGAUUUUUCUUACAUGGCGGCUGAUUGUUUUCAUUUCAGCCAAAAAGGCAAUGCUGCUUUAGCCAAUGCUGCUUGGAAUAAUCUAAUUCAACCAGUUGAACAACAACAAACCACUGUUUAUCCUGCAUUUGAACGCUUUGAAUGCCCAUCAAGCAGAAAUCCUUACCUGACGACAUUGACAAAUAAAAACAACCUACUAAUAUCGUAGCAAACGAUGUACCUUCAUGGAUCUUCAGAGAUUGAUAUGGUAUCACUGUGAAAUUCAUGGCAAUUUUAUUGAGAGAAUAUGUCUCAAAGCCGGAACAAAAAUGUAGCUGAAAAAUGCUUUUGAUAUAAUUAAGCUUCAAAGUGAACUGCUACCAAGAUAUAAUAAAGUGAAUCUUUAUUCAAGUCUUUAGUGAAUCAAGUUUCGUACAAAGAACGUAUUUUAGAUAACAUUGA